AUGGCCUGCACAACCGCUUCCCCCCGGAAGGAUCCCCCGAGGCCCGCCGGUAAACACAAAUCCAGUCCAAUAUACCGACACGUCCUCGGAGACCGGCAGAUCCACAUCUUCUUCGUCCCGUGGCAGCAACACAAGCAGCGCACGACAAAAGACGGCCAGCCCGCGUCCGCCGAGACCGUCAAGGGCCGCUUUCACUACGAGGUCCUCGAGAAGAGACAGGACCCCUGGAAGGAGGACCGGCGGACCCUUCGCCUUCGGAAGCCCACCUCAUCGGCGGACCCCGAGCCCAUCACCCUGCUGUCCGGCGUCUGCCGCCAGCUGUACCACGAGACGGCCCUGCUGCCGCACCAGCUCAACACCUGGUCCUUCGAGACCAUGCACGUGAUGGAGCGCUACAUACUGAAAGAGAACAGGAUGCCCCUCGUGCAGCGGCGGGCCGUGCGGAUGCUCUACUGCAAGGAGAGGCUGCCCAAGGCCCUGGAGAAUAAAUUCGGCGGGCUUCAGGCCAUCAUCUGGAAGGACGGCAGGAAGCUGCGGUGGCAGGACCUGUCGCUGUUCCCCGAGGUGGCGUGGAAGGACCGCGAGGAGCUGAGGGAGCGUACCUGGCGGUGGUGA